AUGAUCUUCACCUGGAGGCUCUUCCUGUUGUUUCUCUCCUUUCUCCUCCUGCGGUUGGUCCUGUCCCUGUCUCGCUUCCAUUUUCCUCAGAGUUCAUACCUUGAUAUCUCAGCCUCGCAGCGAAACCAAGAUGGAUCAAUUGAUUUUGCACAUAGCGCGAUUAAAAGGAAGCGCGGAGAGCUGGUGACAUUUCCCGAUGCUUCAAAACGGAAGGUUUGUGAACGGGGAUAUGUGCAUAGCCCAAGGCUUGCCGCGGUGGAAGGAGCUUACCCGAGCAUCAAGAUAAAACUGGUUUGCGGUGGGCACUCAGCUGAGCAAGGUGGUUCCGGAGAUCCUACUCUCACCACUUCCGCCCCUCCCCAGCGCUAUAUCGGUGCACCCGGCAAUGGUAGUGUUGCGGGUUACGAUUCGCAACUGGCCGCAAGAUCUCUAGACAGGCGUGAUGUGCGCUCGUGGCUGGUGACUGUGGCUGGCAGUUCGCCACAUUUCUCAAGGACUCUGGUCUUCUAUAAGCUCGUGGGAGACAAUCAAACGCUACGAAACAAAAAAUCGCAAAAAGUCUUCGGGAUGAGAGAUUGUUGUGUCACGCCCACAAAAACGCAAGAUGCGGUGACACCCGCCCGUGGGGCGCUCAUACUAUAA